UCCGGACCCUUGUAGAAGUUGAUGAAAUGAACGUUGUUGUAUUUGUCAAGGUGUUUUGGAUAGCAUCUUAAAGCUAAAUAAUCGAUAAAUUUGUUUGAGAACUUAAAACAUGCGUGGUUCGACCAAUAUAAUAUAAGACUAUCGUGAUGUGAAUUGUUCAUCAUAUAAUUCUGAAGUAAUCGUAAAGAGCAAGUUUUUCGCAUUUCUGUCCAAAAAGUCUAAAAGUUCUUGGGUUAUUGAAAGCUUUGUUAGAAUGCUUCUAUUUCAGUUAGUAACCUCGUAGAGUUGAUUUUCCCAGUUCGAUCGAAUUAUGUGAAUUGCCUUGGCUAGUAUGGUUCUUUGGAUAAAAAAGUUGCUACUCAUCUUGUCGGUGACUUUCCACGACACCCCAUUAAUAUAUGGAGCUCAUUCUUGGACUCCUACUCACCCAUUAUCUAUCUCUAACUCAUCCUUAAUCGAUCAUCAUGAUACAGAUGCAUCUCGGUUAAGUUACAUCAAAGUGGGGUUGGCAGCAGCUUUUUUUUUCACUGUGCUUAUUUCGUGCGGUUUGCCAGUUUUAUUAAUAAACUACCUGAAAGAACAAAAUAGUUUACCAUUAGUCAAUGACAAUCGGAGAUUCCAUUUGGGCAAAGUACGGCAUAAUGGGUCAGAUCAAAUCAAAAUAGAAAAUAGGGAUGAUGACAUUAAAUUUCAAUACUGUGAUCUAGAUUUAUCUCCACAUUCAGGAAGAAGUCCUGUAAAUGUUUCUGGUGGCAAAGUGUAUGCAGAUAACAAUGCUUCAUGGAAGCGAGUUCCAUUUCAACAACAAACUUCGGUAGAAUCUGAAAGUUUAUCCACUUCUUGUCAAAGCCCUAAUCCUGCAUUAAUUAACGGAGACCAGUUUGAAAACAGAGAUUUACUUACUGGUCAGGUGGUCCAUAAUGAGCGAAACUGGGCCAGUUCAUUUAGGAUUCAAGAUCGAAUACGUGGUCGUAAUUUAAGUGAUCACUCUAUCAUACAGAAUCGAAGAGAUCAUCAGAAACAAGAAAAACAAAUGUCAUCUCGGAAAGUUUGUCUUUCGUCAAGAACAACGCGUAAAGAAACAUUACAAGUUUGGUUUAGUCGGUGUAAUUGUUUUGCCGCUGGAGUAUUCUUAUCUUCAGGUUUUAUGGAACUUUAUCCUGAUACUGAGGAAGCAAUAGCAGAGGCAAAACUUCAGUUACAUAUUAAAUCUGAAUUUCCAUUCGCUCCAUUUUUAACUCUUGUUGGAUUCUUUCUGGUUUUAAGCAUUGAACAAAUUAUAUGGACAGCGAAAUCAAAUCAAUGGACAUGUUGUUCGCGAAGAAAUUCUAACACUAGUCAAGCAUUACAUCGUGAUUCACUUCAUUCGAACGAAAAUGAUUAUAAUUUUGAAAGUAAUGGAAAUUUUUACCUUGAUAACAAUAAUAGCAAUAACAAUAUAAAACAUAAUGAGAUUACUGCAAAUCACAAAUUAGCCUUGGAGGACUCACAACAGAAUAACAUUGGAUAUUUAUCAUCUAAACUUAUGAAAAGUAAUGCCAAGAGACCAUCGAAAUUAUCCAAUGCAACAAAUACUUCAGAAUUGACUCCUGUUGAUUGUUCACCUACAUCAUCUACUCAUUCUGGGAAUGAUUUUCUUCUAGAAUCCAAUAUUACAAGAAACCACGUCGAACAUACUGACCACUGUCAUGAUGAUAAUAAUAAUAAUGAUCAUAAUGCUCAUCAUCAUUCUCAUACUCAUGAUAUCAAAUUUGAUGCUAGUUCUUUUGGAUCAGUGUUACGUAUUAUUCUACUUUUAUGCGCUAUGUCUGUACAUUCAAUAUUUGAAGGUUUAGCAGUUGGCCUUCAACCUACAACACAACGUACUCUUGCUUUAUUCACUGCUAUUUUAUUACAUAAAAUUAUCAUAGCUAUUGGUAUCGGUGUAAAUUUAGCUACAAAUUUAAAUCAACCAUCAACAUCUUCAAGUUCUUCAUUUCAAUCUCAAUCCUCCUGUUGUCAUCUUUUUAUGUAUCAAUCUAUUGGAACAUUAGUUUUAGCUUGUUCAUCACCAAUCGGUGUUCUUGUUGGUUGUGGUUUAAUGCAACAAAAACAAUCAGCAGUAUUAACAAUGUCAACUGCUGUACUUCAAGGAUUAGCUUGUGGAACAUUUUUCUUCGUCGUAUUCUGUGAAUUAUUACCAGUUGAAUUUAAAGAUGGUGUCAAAGAUAGGAUGGGAAAAUUUUUUUUCUUAUUACUUGGAUUUGCAGUAGUUGCAUUAUAUGCUUUUUUAAUGCCUGAAUAAACAUUGUUUAUUCAUUGUUUAAAUUCUUUUAAAAAAAAAUUAUUUUGCGCUCAAUUUUAUUAAAACUUUUAUAAUCAAUUAAAUCUAUUGUCUUUCUCAACUGUGUGUGUUUCUUCUGUUAUUUUCCAUCUUUUCUAUAUUAUUUCUCCUUGGUUUAGUUGUUCUUCUCUCAGUUAAAUAAGCUGUGACUGUCUUUGCUACGAACCUUUUCUUUUUUUAAUUAUCCGGAUUUCUAUUUAUAUAUAAAUUCAUUAUCUCCAUAUAUUACUUCCAAUUUAUUUAUCUAUUUGUCUAAUUAGGUACAUUAUUUUUUCUUUCACAUAAAAUUUUAAUUGAUCAAUUUCUGAUCAUAUUUAUUUUCGAUAGUUUUGCUUUAUAUUAUACAUGAUCUCUGGUAACUUUUUCUGAAUUACAAUUUUUUGUGUACAAUUCGAAGUACUGCUUUUGGUGUUCGUUUUUAUUGGGAUAUGUUUCUCCUAUUGGAGUUUGAUUACCUAUACUUGUAUGUUUGUGAAUAUUUGAAAUAAAUAGAACAUCUGAUUUCAAAGAAA